GGCGGCCAAGGGGAGGAGCCCCAAGGGAGGCUGUAUAUAUGGGGCUGGGGCUCUGGGGCUGGGGCAGUGUGGACGGGACAAUGGCUUCGCCCGCAGCCACAUGCAUCCUGGCCUGGGCCCUGGCACUGCUCUGCGAGGGGACCCAAGGUGCGGACCCUGCCCCCUGCGUCUUCCCCUUCACCUACAAGGACAAGGUCUACACGGAAUGCAUAACUGAGGACAGCGACCAGCCCUGGUGCGCCACCACCGCCAACUACGACCAGGACAAGGCCUACAGGGUCUGCUCCGAGGAGGCCUACGGCGGGAACACGGACGGCCAGCCCUGCUUCUUCCCCUUCGUGUACCAGGGCCACACCUUCCACACCUGCACCACUGAGCAGAGCCAUGGGGCCCAGCACUGGUGCUCCACCACAGCGAACUACGACACGGACGGCCGCUGGAGCUACUGUCCCGACACAAUGCUUGGCGGGAACUCGCAGGAGCCCUGUACGUUCCCAUUCAGCUACAAAGGCAGGAAGUACACGGCUUGCACCAUGGACAACUGGCAGCGGCCCUGGUGUGCCACCACAAGCAACUACGAAGCAGACCAUACAUGGAGGUACUGCGGCAUGGCAGCUGCAGGGGGAAAUUUGGACAGCUCCCCUUGCGUCUUCCCUUUCAUCUAUAAGGACAAGAUCUACCACAGCUGUACGGCAGUCGAUGACAAGAUGGGAAGGCCCUGGUGUGCUGCCACUCCCAACUACAAUGAAGACCAUCUCUGGCGCUUCUGCUUUAGCAAGGCCUAUGGGGGGAACACCAGUGGCGAGCGCUGCACGUUUCCUUUCAUCUACAAAACCGAGCUAUUUCAUAGCUGCACGAAUGCUGGAGACAAGAUGGGAAAUUUCUGGUGUGCCACAACCCAGAACUACAACCAGGAUAAGCUGUGGAGCUACUGUCCAGAUAUCAUUCUGGGUGGGAACGCAGUAGGAAAGAGCUGUGCAUUCCCCUUCAUCUAUAACAAACAAGUGUACUACACCUGCACCAGCGACGGGGAGAGCUCGGGAAAACUGUGGUGCAGCACCACCGGGAAUUAUGACGUGGACAAGAAGUGGACUUACUGCUCCACGCCAGACUACGACAAGCCCUGUGUCUUCCCCUUCAUCUACAAAAAGUUUAAAUUCCACACCUGCACCAACCUGGCAGAGGACAGUGGGAAGUUCUGGUGUUCCAGCACAGACAACUACGACCGGGACCAUCAGUGGAGCUACUGCCCUGCCUAAGACAGGUGACAGCCCCAGCCAGGAGGAGACAGAACGAUGACAUUCGAAAUUAAAUGAAAGGAAUGAGCCCCGCUCUGGACACCUCUGCUCUCCCAAAAAAGAUUGCUUCUGAUCAACAGAUACCAGUGGCGUAAUCACCCUUGAAUCCAAAUCCAAAUGUGCUCAUUUCUCUAGUUGAUUUUAGUAAAUUCAAAUAAAGCAUCUUCUGAAA